AUGAUCAAAGAGGUCGCUGCCAAGUACUCGCGUGGCCGUAUCAUCUCAGUGCUCGAGGGUGGCUACGGUAUCGAGCGUACCAACAGUUUACAGCGAUGUCUCAAUAUGCAUCUCAAGGCACUCGUCGAAGACUCCAACAGCGAGAUCCUCUUUAACCAGGCUGCCUCGGGCGACUUCUCGCUCAUCAAAAAGCUCUACAACGGCUCGGCUGUCAGCACCAUCCGCGACCCCAACAAGGUCGGAGACAUAGAGUCACUCAACUACUACGACUCCAUCUCCAAAGACUUCCAAAAGGAAAAGGCCGCUGAACAAGAGCGUUUCGAGCAACACCUCAACACCACCUCCUCUCAACUGCCAUCCUCUUCACCCGCAUCACCAUCAGAUGGUAAUAAUAUCAAUAAUACCAGUGUCAAUAGUAAUGCUACCGAUCGCGAAAUGACCGAUGUCACCACCACCUCUACAACCUCAACUACCACAAAUAAUAAUAAUAAUACAACCGAUCAACAACAAACAAAUACAACUCAAGAAAACGCCAACAACAACAAUGGAAAUGAUAGUAAUGUUUUAAAUACCUCUUCACCAAUUUCCAAUGAUCAAUAA